AUGCCUCACCAGGUUGAGCCCCAGGGCCUCCGGACGGCCGAUGGAGUCGACCUCUAUGCGCCCUUCACGAGCGAUACAAUUCUUCAAGUGCGCACUGGCAAGCUGAAGCCGAUGCGUGGUCUGGUAGUCCAAACGGCCAUCGACAAGGGCUUGUGUGAUGGACCCGUCCAGGUGACCGAGCUGGGACUCGAGGACGACCAACAUGAUCUGACGUUCCAUGGCGGGGUUGAUAAAGCCAUUCAUGGAUACUGUUCAGCACAUUACAGCUCCUGGAGUGCCGAGUUCCCAUCCGCUACCAGCGCCUUCCGCCCAGGUGGCUUCGGCGAGAAUCUCGUAGUCCGCCAUAUGAACGAACGCAAUCUUUGCAUCGGUGACAUCGUGUCGGUCUCACCGCCCGGCAGUGAGAGCGACGACACCAGCGUCCUCCUCCAAAUCAGCCUACCCCGCCAGCCCUGCUUCAAGCUCAAUCAUCGGUUCGAACUUAAGAAUUUCGCCCCGAACACCUGGCGCACUAGCCGCACGGGGUGGUACUUCCGCGUGCUGCGCACCGGGACAAUCCGCGCCGGCGACACCAUCCAGCUCAUCUCCCGUCCGCACCCGACUUGGACGCUAGAGCGGGUACAAGAGUACCUACACCGCAACACGGGCGACGCGGCCAUGAACGAGGAACUCGCGGGCAUCGCCGAGUUCGGCGUUGAGGCCAAAGAGACGUUUGCCCAGCGCGUGGUCAAGCAGAAGGCGAAGGAGCGGCGGGAACGGGAAGGGAAAGGGAAACGUGGCCGGGACUGGAAGGUGUACCGCGUAGCUGAACGGACAAGACAGACGCCACGGAUUGCCUCGUUUGUGCUAGAAGCUGUCAAAGCCGGGAAAGAAGGGGGAGACGAGGACCUUAUCAGCCUGAGGCCCGGGGCGCACGCUAAGAUCAAGCUCGGCAACGGGCUGGUGCGGACCUACUCUAUUGUCGACGGCGACCGCAACCGGUUCCAGUUGGCCAUAUCGCUGGACGACAACAGCCGCGGCGGGUCGCGGUAUCUGCACGAGAAGGUGCAGGUCGGGCAGACGAUUCUCGUCGGCCACAUUACAGUCUCGAUACCCUAUUUCGCGGCCGCAAGCCACCACAUCUUUAUCGCUGCAGGCGUGGGGAUCACCGCGUUUCUGGCCAUCUUCGAAACCUACCAAAUUGUCAACUUCAGCUCGGUACUGCACUACGCGGUCCGCUCGGCUGAUGAAGUCCCAUUUCGCGAGCGCCUAGCUAAGCUAGGCAAUGAUGCAGUCACAAUCUACGACAGGUCCGCCGGCCAGCGGCUGGAUAUCGGCAAGAUCAUCCGCGAGAUGCCGUGGAACUCGCAGUUGUAUUUCUGCGGCCCUACCCGGCUGAUGGAUGAAGCCAUGCGGGAGACUAAGGCACACGGGAUUGGCGCGAACGAAGUCCACUUUGAAGCCUUCGCCGCGGAUGCCUCUGGGGACCCGUUCGAGGCCGUGGUUAUCCACAAGAGUAAGGACAGCAGCAAGAAGACGGUAAAGGUAGGCGAGGAAGAGACACUUCUUGAGAUUCUACAAAAGGAAUUUGGCCAGGAAGCCGUGGACUCGAGUUGCGAAGUCGGAAACUGCGGAACGUGCCGUAUCAAGCUGUGCGAGGGCCGGGUAGACCACAGGGGCACGGCGUUGAUGGAUGAGGAGAAGGACGGCGAAAUGUUGGCGUGCGUGAGUCGUGGCGUGGGGAGAAUCACAGUGGAGAUUUGA